AUCAUGUGCUCCCUUGUAGGGGCGGUUUCAGCGGCCCGUGUGGGCCGUGGUAUCAGGUGUACUGAAAAGCCGGCUGAAGACUACCAGGUUGUUCUGCCUCAUCUGCCCACAGGUGCUUCUGUUUUAAACACCGUUUUUUUUGCAUGCCGAUGUGAAAGCCAGGCCAUAUCGAGUGGAGCAUGUCCGAGAUAGCCUUGCACGUCUUUCGUUGCUGCCGGAAGUGGUGGCCCUCGGGGCAUACCAAAUGAAUCACCUGUGGGCAGUGACGUUUAAGGACGAGGAAGGCAAGAGGAAGAUAUUAGAAGCUGAAGCGUUCAACGUUAAAGACCACCGCUGCAUGGUCAUCGACCCGCGCGACCGAGGUGUCCGACUGAAGCUAUACUGGCUGCUUCAUGGCGUACCGGACGAAGACGUGCGAGUGGCUUUGGCGCCGUUUGGAAAAGUGACGGAAAUUAGCAGAGACAAGUGGAAGGUCAAGGGCUGCAUUGACAAAGGAUCAACCACCCGCUCGGUGACGCUGAAAUUAAAUGUGGGCCUCACUGUGGACGACCUACCACACCAACUGCGUGUUGCUGAGGAUAUGGCGCUCGUCUUCGUUCCUGGCAGAGCGCCGCUCUGCCUCCGAUGCCGUGGCAUCGGACACAUCCGGCGAGAGUGCCGCGUUCCACGAUGUGGGGUCUGUCGUCGCUUCGGCCACGAUGAUUCCCAAUGUGUGCGCUCUUAUGCCAGCGUUACAGGCCCACUCCAAAGGGACGUAGUAUCCGAACACAUGAUGGACGCCGCAGAUGCCGAAGAAGCUAGCAGGGAGGACAACGACGUGGCGAAGACUCCUGCAAAUCCCCUUGAACCCUCCCCAGGAGCUGUCCAGGAAGCGACCCUGGGGGGUGAGCCCUUGGCUGCAGCCCCGGAAACGAAGCCAGAGACUGCGACAUGCGACGCAGGCGUGAACGCAGCAAGCGCGUCAUCGUCACUGCCGCAAGAAGUCGGCCAGGAAGCAACGGACGUCGAGAUGAUUACGACCGGAAGCAUCGCUGCAAAGCGUGCUCACGAAGACACUGGCAAUGCAGGAAUAACUACUGCGUCGGGCACCGGCGAACCUCCAACGAAGGCAUCGACUACGCGGCGGUCUAUGCGCAAACCGCAGCCGAACGUGCCGCCUGGCAGUAGGGUGGCCCCUAAAACGCCUCCGCCCUAGCGGAGGACCCGUUCCAGUAGCCUUCAACGAUGACUACAAGAACCCCACAGCUUCGAUGUGAGUAGGACGCUUGGCCAAGCAACCCCAUGAGAUGGCGUCUAACUUUAAAUCUAGCCUACGCGUUGCGACAUUGAAUGUGCGAGGAAUGUGUUCGCGCAGGCGGCAGUGCCAGAUUAGUCGCAUGCUUUUAGAGAAUGACGUUGACCUUCUGGCUGUGCAAGAAACAAAAAUUGAGAGUGAGGAGCAAACAGAACAGAUGGUUCAAGUUUUUCGAUCUAGAUACAGUGUAUGUGUGUGCCAUGCUGUUGGACGGUCAGGAGGCUGCGUCAUUUUUAUUCGCAAUAGCAUAUCGGUUGUAGAAAAAGUGUCCACCUGCGAAAGUGGGAGACUUGUAGCAUGUGAUUUUAUUUUUGCUGGUCUACUGUGGCGCGCUGUCUGCAUCUACGCACCGAACAAAAUUCAUGAACGCGAAAUUUUUUUUAAGUAUGCUGAAGGAUUUUUGAAAACAGAACGACAUGUUGUGCUUCUUGGGGAUUUCAACUGCGUCUGUACAGCUGAAGAUAAAACGACGAGCCUCAAAGUACGCGAUAGAAGCGCUGAGCUGUUGAACGCGAUAGUAAAUGAGAGAGAGCUUGAGGACAUUGGUUAUGCAAUGACGCGAGAUGGCCAAGCACGGUAUACGCACUUUCAAGGUGAUUCCCAUGCGAGGCUUGAUAGAAUAUACGUACCGGCGAAGUUUGUACCACUGUGUUCCUCUUAUGAAACACAAUAUCUCAGUUUUAGCGAUCAUAGUUUGGUCUCGAUUACGAUUGGCGAAAAACGAAAGAGUGUCAAGUUUAAUUGGUUCCUGUGGAAGUUCAAUGAAAAACUGCUGCAAGAUGAAUUGUUUGUCACGAGAGCCAAGGAGUAUCUUUCAAAUGCCCUGCAUACGGAAACCAACUGUUUCAUAUCAGUGUGGGAGCAGUUUAAAUGCGACUUUAAAAUUGCUGCCAUCGAUAGAGCAUGCGUAUUGCGUCACAAGGAAAGGCAACAAGAGGAACAGUUACACAGUGAACUGGUGUACAUGUUAGGGGUAGAACAUGAAGUGCCUGGAGCGUUUAAAAAAGAAAUACGAGAGGUGAAAGCGAAACUCGAGUUGAUCGACGAAGAUAAGUACCGCGGCGCAAUGAUAAGGGCGCGCACUGAAAAGUUGUGGCUGGGCGAAACGCCCAAUAAGCGUGUGCUAAGUGAAGAAAAGAAGCAUGCUGCAAAUAAGGAGAUAAAUGAAAUUCGCUAUUACAACAAAAUUACACGAGAAAGCGAAGAAAUAAAACGUGCAUUUGUUGAUUUUUAUACCGAACUUCUUGGAGGAAGAAUUUAUGACCCCGAGUACUUCAAAGCCCACUUUCUAACUCUUAUGCCAAGAUUAGAGGACACGGUUAGAGAAUCACUGGAAUCUGAAAUUACCGUGGCCGAAAUUGAAGCGGCAAUCGAUGACUUGGGUAAUGGCAAGUCACCUGGGCCAGAUGGACUGGGCGCAGCCGUAUACAAAUUUUUUAAGGCAGAAAUGGCAGUGGCUUUACACCGAGUGAUCGCUGAAUGCUAUGAAAAAAAGCAAGCGCCUCUCUCGUUCAGGACAGCGCACGUAGUAAUGAUCCCCAAAACUGACGAUCCUGCAAAAUUACUUUCAGUUGAGUCCUACCGUCCCAUUAGUUUGACCAAUACAGAUUAUAAAAUAUACAUGAAAGUGUUAGCUAGAAGGCUCCAAAACGUUAUUAAGUCCCUCGUUGGCCCGCAUCAAACCUGUGGCAUUAAAGGUAGAACAAUUUUUACAAACAUACACAUAGCAAGAAGUAUUCUGGAAUGUUGUGACGCAAUGCAUGACCGCGUAGCUAUGAUUCAGCUAGAUUUACAUAAAGCGUUCGACAAAGUUGUACAUGAAGUUCUGUUUUUAUUGCUGGAGCACGUAAAUGUUGGAUCUGUAAUUACUGAAGGCGUUAAAAUGGUGUAUCAUGAUUGCACAGCCAAAUUAGUGAUCAACAAAGAAUUAAGUAUGUCAAUUCCUGUGCGGUCGAGUGUGAAACAAGGAUGUGCGUUGUCCCCUCUACUUUUUGCGAUAUACUUGGAGCCGUUUUGUUUACGUUUGCUUGCAACACCAUGUAUUCGAGGCUUCACUUUUUUCAGCAGUGAAGUUAAGGUCUUAGCGUACGCGGACGACAUAGCCGUGUUUUGCACUGAUGCUAGAAGCGUGCAGGAAGUUGUCAGUGUUGCUAAGGCGUUCUGC